AUGUCCGCGAACGCGACGGAUCUCGCGACCGCGCCCGCGGCCGCGGGCGAUCCCGCCGCGCCUUCGCGCGAGGGGAAAACUCCGGAGGAAGGUCAACAGGCGGCAUCGAACGACGACGACGCGCGCGUGAAGCGCGAAUCGAACGACGUGAAUGGCAUUUCCGAUCAGCCUCCGGCCGCGGAGGACGACGCCGUCCCCGCGGCGACGACCCCGAAAGUCGGCUUCAGCGUCGAGAUCGUGCGCUCGGACCCCAACGCGGACGCCAACGCGGACGCCGCGAACGCGCCGGAGGGCGCGCAGAGGGACCGACAGAACAGCGCGUUCAGCACCGGGACGACGAUCGAUCACGCGCACGACGCCGCGCCGCCGACGAAUGAAGAAUUCGAAGACGAGGGCGAGGACAUGAUGGACGACGGCGGCGAAGACGUGAUGGACGGCGGCGAUGAAUACGAGAGACUACUCGCUGCGGCCGACGUCGGUGGGGGCGACGGCGCGGAGAAGAAGCCGGCGAAACGACGCGCGCUCAGGAGCGCGUCAGAGAUCACGCAAGAGGAGCUCUCGUCGUGCUUUCACCUGCCGUCGGAAGCGGCGUGCCGAAAGCUCGGGAUCGGGCUCACCGUCUUGAAGCGUCAGUGCCGACGGUUCGGCAUCAAGCGAUGGCCGUUUCGCAAGAUGAAAUCCCUGGAUCGUCUCAUCACGAACGUCCAGGCGGGGAUAUCCCCCGGGGACCAGAACAGGACGCUCGUGAAGUCCGUGGAGGAGCUCGAGGAACAAAAGCGACGGAUGGAGGAGUGCCAAGUCCUGGAUCUGGACGAUAACACGAAGCGGCUGCAGCAGGCGUACAGCAAGGCGAACCACAAGGCGCGCCGGGCGGCGGCCGCGCCGGAGAUGAACGGCGUCGGCGGGUUGCUCGCGCUCACCGGCGGCGGCGCCCCGUCCCCGCCCCCGGAGAAGAAGCCGCCGAGGGCGAAAAAGGCGAGAAACCAGCCGACGUCGGACGCCGUGAACGACUCGUUGGAAGCCGCGAAAGCGCAAGCGCGGCUGCUCCAGGGCGUCGCCGCGACGCUCCCCUCGCUUCUUCCCGGCGGGAUCGGCGAUUUAGACUCCCACGCGGUCGCCGCGGCGGUCGCGGCGGCGGCGGCGGCGAUGAGCCAGCACGCCGCCGCGCCCCCGCCCGUGAACUUCGCCGCGUCCGGCGGUCUGGCCGCGGCGCUCGCCGCGCGCGAGGAGAAGCUCCCACCGCAUUUGCGACAGAAAGGCGAUUGGGUCGGCGCGUCCGUCGCCGCGGCCGCGGCCGCCGCCGCCGCGGGAGGUCGGAAAUCGCAGCAGACGGUUCUCGAAGCCGCGAACCCGUUCCCGCCGCGCGAGACGACGACGACGCCGAGAGCGAACGACGACGUCUCCGUCCCCGUGUCCGGGGCGUGGUCCCCGGCGAGGCCCGCGUCUAGGCAACACGGAGAAGAGGAAGAGGACGUCGAAAUCGAGGCGAUUCUCGCGCGCGCGAACGCGGGGACGACGGCGAUCAAACAAGAAGAGAGCAGCGGCGAAGAGAGCGAGAGCGAGUCGGAGCCCGAGCCGGAGGAGGAGGAGGAAGUCUUGCUCCCGGACUCGCGCACGGGGCGGAAGCGGAAGAUGAACCCGAAGUUCAAGGAUCCGAAAGAGGAGAAGAAGAAGAAGCGCAAGAAGAAGAAGAAGAAACCGCCGGUGGACGAGCUCGAGUCGCUCGCCGCCGCCGCGCUCGCGGGCGGGCUCGCGGGUAAGGGCGGCCGCGGCGGGAGAGGCGGCCGAGGCCGAGGCGGCGGCCGAGGGUCGAGGCCGUCGGGGGAGACGCGCGGCGGGCGCAUCACGCUCGCGGCCGCGCUCGCGAAAGCGGACGCGCUCGCCGCGCGCGCGGCGGCCGGCCUCCGUCCGCCCCAGCUGCCCGAGGAGCACCCGGGGUUCGCGCCGUCGCAGCGGUCGAGGUACGAGGCGCCGCCGGCGCCGCCGCCGGAGUUCGGUCUCGCGGGACUCGCGCUGGUCGAGCCCGCCGCGCCGACGAUCGACAAGUCCGCGAUCACGUCGCUCGUGACCGAGCACGCGGACCGGCUGAGGGAGGUGAUGACCAGAGCGGGAGUGGACGCGCAGACCGUCGCGGAAGCCAUCGGCGGCGAGGCGCUGAAACUUCGCGACGCGCUCGACGCGCUGUUGCUUCCCGCGUGA